AACUGAAUCCGAAGUAAAAAAAGAGUGGGGUCUGGAGGAGAGAUUCAUAGAUAGAUUCAACAGGCAAUGGUUGACUCCGCCAUGAAAACUCCAAAAGAAGAUGAGAAAAGCUUUGUUGCAUCAACGAUGAUCCUCGUGGAAGAAUGGAACGGCACAUCAUCAACAAAGCUCACCAAGACUGCCACCAUCUCCUUCUCCCCCUCUUCCUCUCUCCUUAUUCACAAAUCAGGAAGCCCUUUUGCUCAUUUCUCUGCCAAAAUUCUCCAAGCUUUCAUACCAGAGGGGUUUCCAACAAGUGUGACUCCAGACUACGUUCCGUUUCAAUUCUGGGACUCAUUGCAGGGGCUUUCAACUUAUGUCCGGAUGAUGCUGUCGACACAGGCUCUUCUGAGUGCCAUUGGUGUAGGAGAGAAAUCAGCUACUGCCAUUGGUGCUACAUUUCAGUGGUUUUUGCGGGAUCUAACAGGAAUGGUCGGUGGCAUUUUAUUCACGUUUUACCAGGGUUCAAAUUUGGACAGCAAUGCCAAAACAUGGCGUCUAGUUGCAGAUCUUAUGAAUGAUCUUGGAAUGUUGAUGGACCUUCUCUCUCCUUUACUUCCGUCUGCUUUUUUGUUCAUUCUCUGUUUGGGAAGUUUAUCCAGAUCAUUUACUGGUGUUGCUAGUGGGGCCACACGAGCAGCUCUAACGCAGCAUUUUGCCCUUCAAGAUAAUGCAGCCGACAUAUCAGCAAAGGAAGGAAGCCAAGAGACAGUUGCAACAAUGGUUGGAAUGGCAUUAGGAAUGCUACUUGCUCGUCUUACGACUGGACACUCAAUUUCCAUAUGGAUCUUGUUCUUGUCUCUUACUGUUUUCCAUAUGUAUGCAAAUUAUAAGGCUGUUUGCUGUCUUUCACUUACCACUAUGAACUGUGAAAGGACCUCAAUUCUUCUAUCACAUUUCUUCGAGACGGGGCAAGUUCUCUCUCCAAAGCAGGUUUCAACUGUGGAGACUAUUCUACCGUCAUGGAUGACCUCGUGGAGCAAUAAGAACAUUAAUUCUUUACACCAGAGAGUUCAUUUAGGCGUGAGCAUUACUUCACUUAAAUCACAAGAAAUGGAGAACGUCUUAAAGUCCGCUGGAUCCCAUUACAGAAAAGCUAAGUAUUUACUGCUGGAGAAAAGUGGGUUCAUCAGCGUUGUUGUGCAUAAAGAUUCAACCCCUGGAGAUGUCUUGCAGUCAUUCAUACAUGCUCUUGUCAUGUCAAAACUUGCUGCUGGGUGUAAGCAAUCUGUGCAUGUGGAGAGUGAAUUAUGGAUCGAAAAGCACUACGAACUCUUCAUUAGAAAGCUUCAGUCAUCUGGAUGGAAAACAGAACGCCUUUUGUCACCUUCAAUCACCUGGAGGGCAAAAUGGUCAUCAGACUCGUCAGAUGAUAAAGCAGACUAAGAAUUUUCAAGUCCAAUCUGGGAAUUGCAGUGCAGGGUGAAGCUCUAAUUUCGUGUUUCCUCCCUGACAAUCACUAUGGUAAAAAAGGGUUCUUGUUUGAAAUCUGCUUACAAGUAUUUAUUCUUUUAGCUGCUUCUUGGCAAGAGGACUCGCCUCUUCGGCUCACUUUCCACAAUUUCUUAUGUGCAUAUGUUGAUCAAGAAACUGUGAAAACUUCGACAUCUGAUGAGUCAACAUAAAAGUUUCCAUGUAACAGAGUUUAAAGAUCUGAGGGGCAUAUCAGUCAUUAGGGAGUGAGAGUUAGAGCAUUAUAUGUUGUAGUAAUACUUAAAAGAACAAACAAUGUACUAGUUGAAUAAUAAUGUUCCUCUAUU